GUCAAAAUAAAAGCUGGGUUUUGCGGACUUCUAUUAAAUUCUGCUGCUGGCGGAAAUGAGUCGCUUCCGUCGUCGCUUAGAUUCCAGACUAAAAAAGUCGUGUCCUCAUCCCCGGAAGUCCACCUUCUGUGGUGUUAUUCUCCUGGCAGUGGGCGUGAUCUUGCUCUGGUAUUUCUUAUAUUACAGGUGUCCAUUUGGGAAGUCAUGUGGACCGGGUGAGAAGUGUCUGAGCUUCACCCGGUGGUGUGAUGGUGUAAAGGACUGUUCAAACGGAGCAGAUGAGUCCCAAUGCUUUCGCCUGCAGGGGAUUGAUUUCCUGCUGCAAGGUUAUUCAUCAGACGACAAUGCCUGGUUGCCUGUAUGUGCCGAGAACUGGAAUGACAACUACGGGAGUACUGUGUGUGUGCAGAUGGGCUACGACAGCAAGUUUUAUGAGAGCUCUUCUCAAGUCAACUUUAAAGCCUCAGCCCCAGCGGGAUUCUUGAAGCUAAAGUCUGGAAGUAGCUCUGAAUCCCCGAUACAGACACAGCUCAUGCACAGCCCAGAGUGCUCAGUCAGAGCUGUUAAACUUCAUUGCAUUGAAUGUGGCAAGAGUUUCGCAGCUCCCAGCGGUCGCGUCGUAGGCGGCUAUGAGGCCGUGAAAGGAGCUUGGCCAUGGCAAGUCAGCCUCCAGGUUUACCAUCAGCAUGUGUGCGGCGGCACCAUCGUCAGUUCAUACUGGAUCCUGACUGCAGCACACUGCUUCCAAACACUUUCUGAUCCUCAAUUGUGGACGGUAACCUAUGGGGAUGUGCAGUUGUCAAAGAUGCCAACGAGAAUGCCAACUGAGAGAAUCGUUAGACAUCAGAAAUUUGACCCUAAGACCAAUGACUUCGACAUUGCAUUGCUAAAACUCAGUAAGCCCAUCAUUUUCAAACAAAGAACAGUGAGACCACUGUGUCUUCCCAAUGUUGAGCUUCAUAUGAAUAAUAGCAAAGAUGCCUGGGUCACUGGAUGGGGGCAAUUGUAUGCGUCUGGUCCAUCUCCUGAUAAACUACAUCAAGCUCAGGUUACCGUUUAUGUUCGAGAGUUAUGUAAUCAUCGUUACGUGUUGAAUGGGAGGGUAACUGAUACCAUGUUCUGCGCAGGCAAAAUGCGAGGAGGCGUCGAUACCUGCCAAGGUGACAGUGGAGGACCUCUGGUGUUUAACUCAGGAAAUGUAUGGUGGCUGAUAGGGAUCACUAGCUGGGGCUUUGGAUGUGGUUUGAAGACCAAGCCAGGAAUGUACUCCAAUGUAUCGUACUUUAGGGAGUGGAUACAGAAACAAAUGCAGGAUGAGUGGCAAACAGAACUCUGAUGUCCCUACCAAUGCACUUUGAGUCCAAAACAUUGGGAAAAUGUGAUUAAUGAGGAUUUUUUUUUUUUUUAAUCAGGUAUUGGGAGAAAAAAAAUCCUAUUAAAUAUGCUUUUUUUCUCAAUGCAAGCAUUUAAUGUUUGCUUUUAGAAAAAAAAAUCUAGCUAUUUAUUUGCUCAGAUGUGCGAGAUUUGUCUGAAUGUGGAUUCCUGCCACUGUUAAUGAACAGUUAACCUAGUCAUUCAUCUGGAUGUGGACAUCCCAACAUGCUACAAGGUGUGACUUUACAGAAACUGAUCUAUUUCCUCGUUGAAAAAUAGGGAGAUAGUUUGAGGAAAUGCUCAGGCUGAGAUUUUUAUUAUUUAACUGGAAAUGUACAUUUAAAUUUUAUGAUGUCUUUUGUCUUUAUUACUUUCACUAUCUUAUUCAGGAUUCUGUGUAUUCUCACUGUUGCAAAGCUCCGUGUGAGGUAAUUUCUUUGUAAAACAACUGUAAAUGAUUCACCAAAUGUUUGGAACUCCUGAGAUUAAAGCCUAUUUGAACAGAAAA